AUGGCAAAGCGAUUUCUAGAAUUCACAGCGGCCGAAGUCGAGUUUCUGGCCGAGGACACAAUCAUAACGAUCGUACCUAACUUCCAGAUGGACAUGUUAUUCUUUAUUAGUGGCACAGUUGGACCGUUCAGUCCAUCACUGCCAGUACAAGUACCCGUAUGGCUAGCAUGCACACUCAAGACCCGGAAGCGGUGUAGCAUCCAAGCGCCAGAAUGGCUCGACGUCGCGUACUUGAGCGCCAAGCUGGACGAGGAGCGCAUGUUCCACGACCGGUUUAUCGAGAUGCCCGAGCACUUUAUGGAGAUUUCAGCAAUGCUGCUCGAGUGUGCGAGCGACGACAUCCGCAACGCGUCGCAGCUGCGUGGCAUCAUUGAAGACAUUUGCGAGAUUCGGUACGCCAAAGCCCGACACGGCCUCAGCAUCCUGCAGGACAACCCCGUCGCCACGCAAGUCAACAAUCUCUCGCUGAUGGAGAUUAACUCGAUUCGGCCGUUUUUCAUCCAUGCAAUGAACGAGUUUCGGAAUUUUGCGCAGACACUGCAAGCGACACGGAUACGCGCCAACGAAGUCCCAUAGUGCACGCGUGAGCCUUAGCCUUUGUGGUUGAGGACGUGUGGUGCAUGCGGGGUUUUGUUGAUGCAGUUUUCUUGCAUCUCUCCUGUUUGAUUUUGUUGUACUAUCCCCCGAAAAAGUUCGUGAAGAAUGGUAGUUCACUAUGUUCCGGCACCCAUGCCCCACCCUCUCCCCCUACAGUAGUUGUCAGACCUUGUGCACAUACAAAAUACACUGUCAUUUGGAAGAUUGAGC